ACAGACUAAAAAUAAAUAAUAUGCACAAUAAAUUAUGAAGACGUUUUAACUUAAAAAAGGUUAGAAAAAAAAACUACCAACUUUUUGUUCUUAGGAGCGAAAAACUCUUGAAUAUAAUAAAGUUACAUAUAAUUUGUAGUAACUUAAAGCCCUUUACAUUUAAAUGACUUUAAAUUAAAACUUAUAUUUAAGAGAAAAAAUGUAUUGUUAAUUAAACGUUAGUAUAAUACGUAACAGUAAACAACAAACCCGCAACGCUCACUCACACCGAGAAUAGCUCCGACUAACAAAACUUUUACAAUCUUAAUAUCAGAACAAUAUCCCAGAAUCCAGCUCCUUCCGAGUUAGAGGCCGGCUAGCUAUAACAACAUAUUUACAUAGAAAUCUUUAAAAAAGCCUUUGAAAUACCAUUAAUUGGUAGAGUUUUUAUUGUGAUCACAUCCUGAUACAAUCAAUGUAAUUAACCGCCAUUAAACAACUAUUAUCUUUAAUAACCUUCAACACGUCACGAAAUAAAAUGGCUUCCUAACUGCGAUUGGAAAAUGAGUAGUCAUGCUAGUCUCAAAUUUUUAUAAUAACUAGCGAAGGAAUCCGUCCCGUAUUACUAACGCUGUAGGAUCGCCUUCGGUGUGAUGCUGUCCGAUCAUAAUUUUUGAUGGUGCUAUUUGCAUCAUAGUUACAGCGCCAUCUAUACGGAUUCCGACAAAAUUUUUCACCGAACCAUUUCUUACAAGAACUACUCACACAGGCGAGCCUCGUAUGCAACACGCACACACGCGCGACCAUGAAUACACAAUCGAACGCACCCACACUCUGAGAAAAAAACGAUAAAAAAACUGCACACAAACACUAGUCGAAUUCAGUUUGCACACAGACGCUAGGACGGCGUUCUAUUUUUGAAAUUUCGAACUUUUUUCAAAAUCCCGAACCGAGGCCCUUCGGUGUCGGAGUGAAGGAAACCGUGAUUAAAUUCACAAGUCUUAGGGGUUAUUAUUAUAAAAGAUAAGAUAAGUGAGUACAACUAAAAUGCCCAAGGUUCGAAUACAAGCGCGGGCACUCACACACGCGCAGCGCUCAUCAACGACGGUGCAUUCUGCGCAUGUGUGCCGUGCACCGCGCUCGGACGCUCUUGAUACUGGUCUAGAACGGGUAGCAGAGGAGUUGAUGGGUCGACGGAAAUGGAAACUAUAUCAAGACGGUCUGAUACCAAAGAGGAUAGAGGGCUCGGGGUCCAGCGACGAGGACCCCUCCGCCGCCGAGCCCCCGCCCGCGCUCAAGAUCAAGACGAUAGAGGAGAUCAACGCGCCGGGGGCGGAGCCCGCCAGGAAAGAGACCAUCCUGGAGACUCUCAUCAAGAGGCCCGCGGCGCAGCCCCGGGGGGAGCGCGACAGGGACGAGCCAGCGGACUGGAGGCCCGCCGACCGCUGCUACUUCUGUGUGGAUGGAGACACGGCCGCCGAGGAGGACCCCGCCGCCCCAGGCGCCACUAGUCCCGCGUCAGAGUCGGACAGCAGUUCUGUGUCUGGCGCCAAGAGUCCAGCUGGUCCGCCACUUCUGCAACACCUGCUACAGCUGCAAUUGCAAGGACAGAAUCCGCAGGCCAUCACACAGCAGGCGGUGACGGAGAUGUGUGUGCAGUUCCAGCAGAUGAUAGCGGCCCUGGCGGCGCUCGGCACGGGCCUGGUGCCGCCGCUGUCGCAGGCCUGGAUGAUGCAGAAGAUGAUGACCAGGCCGCAGGCUGACAGAGCGGAGGACAAGCCGGGGAGUUCCCCGACCACGGAACAGCCCCUCGACCUGAGCGCCAAAUCCACCUCCAGCACGAGUGGGACCCCACCACCGGAAAAGGUGACCGACACCAGAUUAAAACGUCCUCCGCUCGAGGCUUCGGGGAACAGCACGCGGCGGACGUACACCGAGGAUGAGCUGCAGUCAGCUCUCAGAGACAUCCAGUCCGGGAGGCUGGGCACGAGGCGGGCGGCCGUCGUGUACGGCAUCCCGCGCUCCACGCUCAGGAACAAGUUCAACAAGUUCGGGCUGGCGGCGGAAGCGGGCCCGGACUCCGAGCCGGACUCCGAGUCCGACAAGCCCGACUCGCCGCCAUCCGUCAUACUUAAGAUCCCGACCUUCCCGCCUCCGGACGAGAAGAGCCCCUCCCCGGCCGCCCCCGUCACCCCCCUCACUCCGCUUCUGCCUCCCCAGCCUCCCCUCAACCCUCCGUCGCAGCUGCUCCUGUCCCCAUCCGUGUUCGCGGACCCCUCCACCCCCCGGCAUCUCUUCACGUCGCUGAACGACGUCAUCGCCAAGAGCAUCAGCCAGAAGUUCCAGCAGCCCUUAGAGCGCCCGCCCCCCGCCGACCUGCAGUACCUCCGCCCGCCCGAGAGACACGUGUCCGUCAUCAAGACGCCCCCCGACAACCAGCGGUACUCCGCGCCCGGGAACUCCAAGAACAACGGCCAGCCGCCGGCCGGGGGGAAGGGCACCAGACCCAAGAGGGGCAAGUACAGGAAUUACGACCGGGAUAGUCUGGUGGAGGCCGUGAAGGCGGUGCAGAGGGGGGAGAUGUCUGUGCACCGCGCCGGCUCCUACUACGGAGUGCCCCACUCCACGCUGGAGUACAAGGUCAAGGAGAGGCAUCUCAUGAGACCCCGGAAGCGCGAGCCCAAGCCGCCGCCCGACGUCAAGCAGCCGCCGCCCAAGCCCUCGAAGCCGCCGACGAAGCCCUUCACGAACGGCCUCAACGGCCCCGAGGCCUACCCGGCCGGCUACCCGUUCUGGUCGGGCGCUCCGCCCUUCAGACACGCGCCCGACCUGUACGCCUCGCACAUGAUGCGGCGCCUGCAGGAGGAGGCGCCGCCGCCCGCCAACGGCUCCUUCCUCGAGGGCAUCAUCAGGUCCAGCCUGGAGCGGCCCGGCGCCGCCCUGCUGCAGCGGCUGGGAGCACCCGCCUCGCCCCCCGCCCCCGGCCCCGGUCCUGGCCCCGGACCCGGCCCCGGCGCGGCGGGUGACGCACUGCGCCGGCGACCGGACGCCGCGGAAGAGUCGGCCGCCAAGAGACCGCGCCUCGACACCGACCACCAGCUGGCGGCCGACAUGAGGGAGGCGGUGCAGAGGCUGCGGGCGGACAAGAUGAGGCCCAGGAACGGCACCCCCACCCCGCCCCCCGCACCGCCCGCCCAGGAGAGGGUCUAGCCUCACCGGGCACCGACAUCACAAUAGUUACCUUACACACACACACACAGAGACGACACACCGGACGGAGGCGCCCGGCGGACCAGCACCGGCACACUCCCCCCCCCGACCCCCCGACCGGCCCGGCCCGGCCCGGAGACCCUCGGUGCAGACCUCGUUAUGUAAGAGACAACCAAAAGUUAAUGUUAUGAAAUCGACUAUUUAAAUAUUUUUUAAGUAAUUAAAAAUAAAAAUAAAAAAACAUUGUAACAAAUUAAUUAUAACCUAGCUGCGAGUGUAAAUGUUAUCGUUUUGUAAGUGUCACGAUACGCUGGUUUUGUGCGUCGUGUUUUUUAUAUUAGAUAGGUAAUGUGUAUCGAAUGAGGCGGAGCACGCGCGGAGGCCCGCGGAGGCCCGCGGAGGCCCGCAGAGGCCCGCAGAGGACCGCAGCGGACGGACGAGGACUUGUGCAAUUAUUACUGAGAGCGCGUGUUCGCGGAGGGACGCCGGCUGGUGCGUCGAUUCCAUAUUACUGAAUGUGAUAUUUAGCAUAGUGCGGCGCGCGCGAGCCCGCACGGGGUUUACACCCACACUAGUGAUCUUAAUAUUUUAUGUACUAUUAUCGUAUCUUAAGAAGAUAUAUUCUUAUUUUUCAUGGUCCAAGUUUUAAAUGUUUUAUCGACUAUACAAAAAUAUGAAUAAUCAUUAUUAUAUUCUUGUCGACUUUAAAAAAAUAAUUAUAAUUAGCCCAAAAGAAAAAACCUCAAAAAAAAUAUGAUAUCUUCACGUUUGUGACGUUUUUUGGUGUUCAGUCGAAAAUAUAUUAUGAACUACGGAAACAAAAAUAAUGUAUACGCUCUCCCGAGGAAGUAAACUUAGGUAAAAUUAUUUGGCUAUAGAUAAUCGUACGGUUAACGUAGUGAGUAAGGUGUAUUCGCGCGCCUCGUGAGUGACACUUCUUUGUAUUAUGUAUACAUAUAUUAUACCUAUACAAAUAAACUAUUGUCCUGCGUUCCCUCGACCACUCGUGGAGGGAGAAUUGGGGAGUGACCUCGACAUUUCGACACAAAUAUCACAACAGUACCAGGAAAGACAUUGUAAUAUAUUCAAAGAAAAAGUUUAUAUAUAUGUAUAUACGACGAGAUUAUCAAACAUAUCCGAUGCCGAGAUGUCGAACACACUCGAAACAAAAAAAAAAAACAAAAUUUUUAUAUUCGAAAUUUAAACUAGUCGAUAACAUGUUUCACUUUCGUUUCGUUACGUGCGUAUAAUUUUGGACGUCUUUUUAAUGUUUAAUCUUCGACAAAAAAAAAGUUAAAUGAUCUAUUGUAACUGUUAUAUCGUGCAUUUAUUUUGUUAAAAGACAUGUAAUGUAUUUAUAAAGACAUAUUAUAUUAAGGUGUUCGCCCCGAGCCCGCCGGACCGCAUUACUGAAUGAUUCCAAAUUCAAAUUGAACCGAUUCCUUUGUUUUUUUUUCUCUAUACGUACACAGAUCACGUCACGUGACAUAUGUUGAUGUAAUGGUAACACAACAACAACAACAACAGUUAUUUUGUGUAAGUCUGUACAGAAAUAAUAGGAUGGGACAAUUUGCAAAGAGAAUUUAGAUAUUAAUGAACAUUCCGUUUAGAAUGUUAAUAGAGGAUUUUUUUAAAAUAAUAAUUAUAAUAAUAAUAUAAAUAUAAUUUGUCAUCGGGAACAAAUCAUUAUGUUGUUUAAUCUUAUUUGGUAACGUUAGUUAAUUUUUAAGCGUCUUUAUUUGUAACACUAUAUACUAUUAUAUUAUAUAUUGUGAUGUUAUACAUGUCAUUGUUUACGCGCGUGGUGAGUGGUGCGUGGUGCGUGGUGAGUGGCAGUGGGUUCCGUGCCCGGACACAGAGAGGAUGCGACUGACUUAGUAAUAGCCCCGGGCGCUAGUUCGUUUUGUACAAAGUGUAUACGCCGCCUUAUCACAUAACUUUUAUCUCGGCGGCGAUCUCCCCCCCAGCCUCCGCUGUACGUCGAUCGCUUCAUGUUUUUUUAAUAUUAUUCUGUUACGUAAUCGAUGACGUCACGGACCGCUUCCGGUCGGAGCGGAACUGCCAGCGAGAUCGCCGCCGUAUUAGGGAAUCGUUUUAUUAUUGUAAAUUGUUCGAUCAUUUUUUCCACAUAUUAUUAAGAAUUUUUAGUUUAUAAUGUAGCGUAAUUUUUGAAUUCUAGUUAGGCGGUAGUGAUUCUUUAAUAUUUUUGUUAAUUAUUAUUUUAUUUUAUUUUUUUUUCGUAUUUGUAAUAAAUUUCUCUUAAGCGUUAGGUUAGUCUUGAACGGUCCUCGACUGAUCGAACAAAAAGACAAUGAAGGGAAGUUGCAUUUUAAAGAAAACACACAUACGUUUAAGAUAAAGGGAGGAGGCUGCGGCGACGACACGUUCACCGACCGUUAAACACACGUUAGACACGCGUUAACUGUCCGUUAAAGUCUCUUCGCCGCAGCCCUCGGCCCCGCGUGUUUCAUCAUUUAUAAAAGACAUUGCCAGAUCUUAUUUCUAAUCAUAACACAUGUUGUUUGUUUGUGUGUGUGUGUGUGCCUGUGUGUGUGCGCACGCGCAUCGAACGUUCGUAUAUCGUAAGCUUCACCUAUUUUGUUUUUCUUUUUCUAUAUCUAUGUACUAGAAGAUUUUUUUUUUUUAAUAAAAAAAAAUUAUCGUACUUUUAUAAUAAUUCCUUAUACUUAUUAUAAUUAUAGUACCGGGGUGAUUUUGUUUUAAACAAAUACCAACAGUUCAGAGGCGUGGGUUGCCACGUUAAAAAAUAUGUACAACACAAAGCAUUUAAUGUUAGAACAUAUUAAUAUAAAGUUAUUAGAUACGAGGAGAGAAAUUAAAAAUAUGAACGAGUUUCCUUAUUUGUGUAAUAUUUAUUUCUCGCGAGACGCUUACGAACCGACAUCACACUGCUGGGGAACAUUUGUUUGAAUGUUAUAUUAUUAUAUAUAUGUAUAUUAUUUGUGAUUCGAUAAGAGAAUGUUUUAGGUAAUGGACCAAUGUAUCGGAUGCUGCGAGCGCAUCUCGACAUGAGCUAAGAUCAAAUUAUUGUAUUGUUAAUUAUUGAGUACAAGUUUUAAUGCUAUAUUUUAUUUCAAUAUACAUCAAUCACCUUUGGUUUUUGUUUUUUGUUUUACUCCUUGGAUGUUGUAUGUUGUUUAGUUUACGCGACUCGUUUGUUUCAGCGUUUCUAAGUUUACAUAUUAUUUUUGUACUGUACUCCUGCGACGUAUGGCCCUCCUCAGUAACUAGUGAUGACAGACACUGUCUCCAUGUGAAUUAUAUUUUCGAGUUCACUUUCAUCUGCUAAGCGAGUUUCGGUAAAUUGGCACUUCUGUAUUGAAUCUAGUCAAAUUAGAGCAAAACAAAUUAAUGAAAGCUAAGCUUCCGGCGAUUCGACUGAAAAUAUAUAAAAGAAAAUAUGAGAAUUAACGUCCAAAAGGUCGCUUGGCGGCAAAAUGUUGAUUUGAAAAUGUGGAAUUGUGCACUGUGUAUGUUGGAAACAGUCUCUUAUAUCAUAUAGCUAACGUAGCGACAUUCGAGGUGGACAUUCUUUCAUAUUGUGUAAUGACAUUUUAUCUUUAAGACCUUUAUAUCUUACGUUAAUAUCUUAAAGUUGAUGGCGAGAGCGGUGAGGCAGAUGUAAAGGUGUGUGAGGAUAUUUAAAACAAACUGUAUACAAUAAAUUUCUUUCAUUUGUUGAAAUA